AUGGCUCCGCUGCCACCGCCAGACCAACCCCCGCUCGACCACCUCUCCACCGCCGACCUCCGCGCCCUCCUGCACCCUCUCACGAUCCGCGCAGGACCACCCCUCCGCUUCACAAACUGGGCAACCACCUUCUCAUCCACCUCACAGGCUGUCUUCCGUCCUACCACCGUCGAGCAUGUCCGCUGGGCUGUCGAGCUCGCGAGGAGGGAGGGGCAAGAGUUGAGGGCUGCAGGGGCGGGUCACUCGCCGAGCGAUAUCGUCUGCACGGGCGGGUACAUCCUCGACUUGAAGGGUCUCAACAGGGUCCUCGAUGUCGAUCCCGCGACGCAGACCUUCCACGCCGAAGGCGGGAUAAUCCUGCGCGACCUUCACCCGAUCCUGCUCGAAAAAGGCUCGCUCGCCAUGUCCUGCCUCGGCUCAAUCUCGGACCAAACCCUCGCCGGUGCCAUCUCGACCUCGACGCACGGAUCGGGCGUCUCGUUCCCCUCCAUCUCGACCUGCGCAACGUUCCUCGACAUCGUCCUUCCCCUCCCUUCCGCGCCCGUCGUGCGCGUUUCGCGCGACCCAGCGCAAGACCCCGAUCUCUUUCACGCCGCUCUUUGCGGCCUCGGCGCAGUGGGUAUCAUCGUAGGAGUCGGGAUGCGCGUCGAGCGAGCGUUCAAGCUCGAGGAAGAGGUCUUCUCGAUGCGGUUCGACGAGUUCAACAAGAGGUGGAGGGAGAUUGCCGAGAGCGCGGAACAUGUCAGGUGUUGGUGGUUCCCGCAGGUUGGGAGGGUCAAGAUCAGUCGGUUGAACCGGACUACCAAGGCCAUCACUCCCCCUCCCUCCGCUCUUACAACCUACCUCUCCUCCGUCCUCCUCGCAAAACACAUCCACGCCCUCGUCCUCUCCCUAACACGCUACAUCCCCUCCUUACUCCCCUACCACGCCUGGUUCAUGUGGACUUUCCACGAGCAGCCUGGGCGUGCGGAUUGGCGGUUGUUCCUCCGUGGAGUAUGGGAGAGGGUGGUGGGAAGGACGGAGGGGAGCGAAGUUUGGCCGAGCGUAAGGGGGUUGGAGGCGAUGGACAAGGAGCGGGAGAAGCAGGAGUUGGAGGCGAAGGAGGAGAAGCAGAAGCUUAACCGCCCGCCUUCGCCCGCCUCGUCCGACAUCGGUCCUUCUCCAUCGACUUCCGCACGCCCUACCUCCCCUCCUUUCCGCCCGCUCGACGCAGACCGUCCCUCGCGCCCUACCAAGCUCCCCUCAGACCUCCUCACACCACCCUACACCCCUCCUCCGCUCUCUCCUUCCUCCUCCCCUUCCCGCUCCAUCUCACCGCUCACCAUUUCCUCCUCCGACCAAAACGACUCCGAGGUAUACGCGAAGAGCGGCCGGAAGAAAUUGCCUUGGCCGAUCCUUGAGGACGAGCCGAGCUAUCGAGUUGAUCUGGGCGUGAAGAUCUUUAACUACGACUGCGGGUUCCCUCAAUACACCUACGAAUCCUGCGUCCCCUACUCCCUAACCGGCUCCGCACUCUACACCCUCAACGCCUUCCACACGACCGAACUCGCGCGCCCGGGGUACCCACUCAAAGCGCAUUUCCCGAUUGAGGUUAGGUGGACGGAGAGAGAUGAUGGGUGGUUGAGUCCGACGGGGGGAGGGAGGGGGUGUUAUCUCGGUGCUAUUCAGUACCGACCCUUCAACCUCCCCGUCCCCUACCGCUCCUACUUCUCCCACUUCGCCACCCUCCUCCACACCUCCUUCUCCGGCAAACCCCACUGGGCAAAAUCGCACCACCUCUCUCCCUCGGACUUGCGCGCCCUCUAUCCCCGCUUCGACGAUUUCCUGCGCGUGAGGGAGAGGGUUGACCCACGGGGGGUGUUGGUGAAUGAGUAUGUGAGGAGGCAUUUGGUUGAUGAGUGCGCCGCGGGGAAGGCGGAGGAGGGGAAGGGGGAGAUGGAGAGGAGGGUGAGGAGGUGGAAGGUUAGGCCGUGA